AUGCUGUUAGUAUGUCGGCAUAGACGGGCCGUCGACACCCGCGAGCAAUACCAACAGAAGCAAUACUCACCGACUUCAGACAAACAUCCAGCCGCUCGAGAAUCAAGUCUCUGGUUUUCGUCACCAGGUCUUCUGGCGCCGUGUAGCGUUACUUCUAUGUGGAGUCAUCGGGAUGACCUCUUAGUCCUGGCAAGCAUAGUAUGGAGUUGGCUGUUGGAGAGCAACACCGUUGGUUUCCCGCCUCUCGGUUACAGUUACCGCUCAAGUUGUGCCAUUGCAACUCCCAAUCUUGUCGCAGCUCUGAGAGCGUAUUCAAUCGUGCUAAUCGUAGUCAUCGUUGGCAUAACAAAGAGACUCUACACUGCCCUUUUCACCCACUUGGAUAAAUACCUCGCAGCUUCGACGAUAUUUCCCCAGUUCCUCCUCCUGAAACAAGCAGAAACAUCCAACCCAACCAUGCAACUCUUCACCCUUUUGACUUCCGUCAUGCUUGUCGCGUCGGCCAACGCUGCGACCGUCAAGUGGUUCGAAGGCGCGGACUGCACCGGCACUCUUCUCACCACCAGUAACGGCGCGGGCUCAGGCGACUGUAUCUUCCUCACAAACGGAGGCAGCGCGCGUAGCAUCUCGUGGAGCGGUGUCCCCCACGAAAUCCAGUUCUUCCAGUCCGGCGGGGGGAGUGACAAGUGCAAGGGCAAGCCCCAGUUCACCAGCUCUAAGAGCUCGGGCUGCUCGACUGCGCCUACCGGCCACAACUGGGAGAGUGUCAAGCUCACCUAA